GGAAGGAGGGCUGGCUGGCUGGCUGGCGGCGAUCACGCCCCCGGAGGGCUUAUACCCGAGCCGCGGGCCGCUUCGUUGGCACCAGCCGCUGCCGCCUCGCCCCGCGAUGUCUUCCGCCCCACCGGCCGCGGGCUUCGUCAGCUCCUUCGCCAGACCCCGCUGCCUGGCCGCCGCAGCCCCGGCCGGCAAAGCCAAGCUGACGCACCCGGGCAAAGCGAUCCUGGCAGGUGGCCUCGCCGGAGGUCUUGAAAUCUGUAUCACAUUCCCCACCGAAUACGUGAAAACGCAGCUGCAGCUGGACGAAAAAGCCAACCCACCACGCUAUAAAGGCAUCGUGGAUUGCGUUCGAGUGACAGUCCGGGACCAUGGGAUCAAAGGGCUUUACCGAGGUCUCAGCUCGCUGGUGUAUGGUUCCAUACCAAAGGCUGCUGUCAGGUUUGGCAUGUUUGAGUUCCUGAGCAACCACAUGAGAGAUGCCGAUGGAAAAUUGGACAGCACCCGUGGCCUUCUUGCCGGUUUGGGGGCUGGUGUGGCCGAAGCCGUGGUGGUGGUCUGCCCCAUGGAAACCAUCAAGGUGAAGUUCAUCCAUGACCAAUGUUCUCCCAACCCAAAAUACCGAGGUUUUUUUCAUGGCGUGCGGGAGAUCGUUCGGGAACAAGGGUUGAAAGGAACCUAUCAAGGUUUAACUGCCACAGUCCUCAAACAAGGAUCUAACCAAGCCAUCCGUUUCUUCGUCAUGACAGCUCUGAGGAACUGGUACAAAGGGGACAAUCCCAACAAAGAGAUUAACCCACUUGUGACGGGAAUAUUUGGGGCGUUCGCUGGGGCUGCCAGCGUCUUUGGUAACACCCCGUUAGAUGUUGUGAAGACGAGGAUGCAGGGACUUGAAGCGCAUAAGUAUAAGAGCACCUUGAAUUGCGCCUACCAAAUUAUGAAAUACGAAGGACUUCUAGCGUUUUACAAGGGGACCAUUCCUCGUCUGGGAAGAGUCUGCUUAGACGUAGCCAUUGUGUUCAUCAUCUACGAUGAAGUGGUCAAGCUACUCAACAAAGUCUGGAAAACGGACUGAGAGCUCACCGCCGUGAGCCGGGUGGUCAUCUGUCCACCUUGUCAGGCAACAGCUGGGAAAAAAAAGGUGUGACCAACUGCAGAAAACAUUUGAAAGGGUGGUGUGCUUCUUCAUUCUUCUUUCUUCUCACUGGGCGCAGUGCACGGGUGCAAAGAGGACACGAUUCCAGUCCCCCAAAUCAGUCACGUUUUAUGAUACUUAUUUAUCGGAACGACGCGCGGAUGGAUCUUCUCUCUGUAGGUUUCAUUGUAGUAGUCAAUUGUGUGAGACUACAACUGGGAGAUCAGCAGGACAGGGUCAUGGAAAUGAAUCCAUGGGUCACACUAUCAAAUAGUUUUCUUCUGGUAGAGGGUCAGAGAAUGACCAGUUGGUUGGGGUAGGGUGGUUUUCCUUGAUUUUCUUGAAAAUACACAUUCUUAUUGGCUUUCUCACUUGUUCACUCUUAGAAGACAAGUUCAAGACACAAAGUCUUUCCUUUUCCAAAAAAAAAAAAAAAACAGAUUGAAGAUGGUGCAGGUAGCUGGGAUUGGGGUGUGCGUGUGUGUGUGUUUGUGUAAGUGCUGAUUUGUUUUUCUAGUGCCAUUUUUAUUUGAUGCUUUUCCACCAAAGAGCACUUUGGAAAGACAGAGGUGGAACAUAAAGAGGUCUUCAGCAAGAAAAGGGAUCUCAAGCUGACUUAAGGUGAUGCACAAGGUGGUCUAAAGGAUCUUUCCCAACCUGAUGCUUCCCAGGUCCGUAGAACUGCUGGAUCUGCUAGGAUCCCUGGGUUUUGUGGUCCAACACUCUUUCAGGGCGUUAGGUUGGGGAAGACAAUAUCCCGAGACUUACGGAAGACUCCAUACAAAGUUAUCUCCACCCAAAGGAGAUAGACGUGGUCCAUAUCUUUCUUUGCAUCCCACUGCUCUGGUGGUAUCCAUUCACUUCUGGACUUCAAGAAAUAGUAACCAAAACACUGAACACAUUCCAAAAAUGAUCCUUUCCAUGGUUUUCUUUUGGCAACUUGCAGUUCUUCAUGAUCAAGUCUACCCCUCCGAGCCCCUGGGACAUCCUAGGCUUCUGGUAUAGACAGGUCUCCCCAGAGCAGGAUAAACAUUCUCCAUGUAGGCCUUCUAGAUCCAUUCACAUAACCCAAAUGCAGGCAAGAUACCUGGACAUUCAUGUAUCUUCUCCCUAGAGAAAUAGUAGUGACCGCUGAUCUUUUACAAUGGAGAUGCUAAGCCUUGGCAAGUAGGAUCAGCUCAUCUGGAAAUUGCAGUCUUCUUCUCGCUCCCAAACUUUGGAUUUUAUGUGCCUCCCCACCCUUUGUGCUUGUCACUUUGGGUUUUAUGUUCAGAUGAAUGUAUUGUUUUUUUUUUUUAAUAUAUAUAUUGGGGACUUCUUUUCCCCUUGGUCUCUAUCUGGAACCUACAGGAACGUUCCCUUCACGCUGGCCGGACAGAAUCUGCCUUACUGUGCCCAUUGACUCAUUCCGUAGACUUGAUGGAUCUGCGUUCUUCAUUGUUCUGGGCGAAAGGGAGCCAUUGACACGAUUCUUCUUUCAGACCAUGCUCCUUGGGACAUCUGGUGGAGAGAAGACCUCCCCAGUCAUCCUUUUCAAAGGGUUUUUGUUCUCCUCCUUAGACACUACCUUAGUUUGAGAACCAAACUUCUUUGAACAAGGAUCUGGUGAAGGCCACACUGGUUGACCGAUUCUUGUACUGUAUUAAGAAGGGGAAGGCAGCCCCGUUGUCUCUUCUGCCUUGGUGCCAAGUCGGGACAUUUCCACUAAUCAGUGCCAAAGUUUUUUUGCAUCUUGUGUCUCUUUCCUUCUCGGGGACGGUCUUCUCCUGCCCUGUCCACUCACCUGCUUCCCCAAAUUAUCACCUGCCUGCUGCAGGUUGGCUAAAUACAACCUGUGCUUUGUGGUGGGGAUUAGAGGAUGGACAAAGUCAAGGCACACCCGGUUGGGUGCUGCUGCUGCUGGUUGGUCCAGAAGAAUUUUGGUGCAGACACUUGGAGGUAGCACUAAGGGAGAACUCGUAUUUGUGGUCCAGAUGGAGACGAUAACUACUCUUCCUUUCUCCUUUCCUGAAUGUCCGUGUAAAUGAACUUCUCUUCCUGUGAGCUGUUAAUUCUCGAAAUUCCUUCGUACACUGUCUAUAUCGGGGGGAUCCAACCUUAACAAAUUUAAGACCUGUGGACUUCAUCUCCCAGAAUUUCUCAGUUAGCCAUGCUGGGAGUUGACGUCCACAGGUUGUCUUAAAAUGGCCACGGUUGGAAACCCCUGAUCUGUAGGAUAAAAUUAAUGCAGAGGUGGCCAGGGUAGGGGAUUGUUGCUUGCGUUUUUACAGGAUCCGGUGUUUCCUUAGAUGGAGGAUUUAAAUUAAAUGUUUUCAAUGUCUCGCUGUGUGUGCCCUGGCAGCCAAAGACUAGUCUGGUUUUGGAAUUCCUCAGCUCUCCGGCCUGGAUGCUGACAAUAAAACCAACGUUGCCUGCUUAUUAA